AUGCUUCAUGAGAUCGACUGCUGCAAAUUGAAACUCGAUAAUGCCCGCCAUUCAAGAAUUCGAGGUGGAGUGUUGAGCAUCCACUCAAACGAAAUUGUACAGUUUCAACGUACCCAUGGGCCAUGGAUUUUAACCCAUUUUGAAGAUUCUCUUUUUGAUAGCUGUGAGCCUACUACUAAGCUGAGGCCCCAGGAUGAGAAUGAGCAGCAGAAUUUCGGAGAAGAUCCUGAAUUCGCCGCAAUUAUUGCCGCUGAAGUCCAAAAAGCCGGGUUUGACUCUUCCCUCGUGGUUAAUGACCCCAAGUACCAUACCCGUACUUCGCGUCCCGAAUCAGAAGAUGAAAGAGAUUUCUCUCCUCGCUCAAAAUGGACUGAAAAGCAAAGCCAGCGGCGCGAUGUCAGUCCUGGCGAUUCCGUUUCACAAGCUACUCGUCGUCGAGGCCGAAAUCACGACGCCGAAUACAACAGCGACGAUGAAGACUACUACCCCAGAGAAACACGAGACCAAGAUCACCCCUACCAUCGUCGACACCUGGCAGAAGGCGCUUUGGUUGAAGUUGGUGCCGCGGAGCUACUACGUGCCCACCGCAAGCGUGAAGGCGAAGAGGUUAGUCAUGAUAUGAGCCACGCUAUACCCCUCAGAACAGAUGACUUUCGAAGCUUGAUGCUACGAUGGACAACGCUUGACAAAAGUGAACUUGACCAGCUGGAUUUCUUUUCCACAUUUGAUGUCCCGAACGUGUCAUCCUUUGAAGUACAUUGUACUUCAUAA